UCGUCCCCCCCCCUCCAUGUUGAGGGCGGCGGCAGCGGCGGGCAGAGCGGCGUCCCAAAGGUCAGGAAAGACCUGGGCACGGCUGUGGGCACCUUUUCGAGCGGAGCGCCCGAGGCAGGAGAGAAGGACGCGGCGGGUCCCUGGCCUCCUGCGCCCGCCGCCUCAAGGCUCCUCCCGCGCCCGCCGCCAUUUUGAGCCGUUGCAGUCGCCUGGCCGGGCGGGAACCGCGCCGCCUUUAGUCCCUUUUCCCUCGCCUUAGUUUGGGGGCAGCUGGUUGCUAGGCCCGCAUGCCCUCCCCACCGCCACCGCCACCAGCAGCCCUGUUCCGCCUCCGCCUCGGAGGAAAGCCGGCGGGCGCGCCUGCUUCUUCUCCCCUCCGCCUCCCAGUUCUAGUGACUUCUAGAAGCAUCCCAUUGCUCACUGAUGUAUUGAAAUAAUUAUUCCAGCUGUGAAAUUGCUGUCAGGAUGUUCAAGAAUGAAUAUCAGGGUGGCCCAUUUGUUGAAAUCUUCAGUGCUCAAGGCAAGAACCCUGGAAUGAAGUGGAAGGUUUCUGGCAGUCCUUCAGUAAUUGGGAAGGAGUUCGAUAAGCAAGUGAAAGGCUUUGUCUUUGUGCUUGAAGGAAGCAGUCAAACAAACAAGAUGCAACUUCCUAAGGAAACCAGGCAAACUCUUGGACUGAUCCAGCAAUUUCUGGUACUUCAGAUUUAUGUACCAUUGGGACAAGACUUCUCUACUGAAUUGCUGAUAACUGAUUUAGGAAACAUUAAAAGAAGGUUGUAUUUAUCAACAAUCCACAAGGAGUUGUCCAUAACCCCCCUACAUGCAAAAAUUCCUCUUUUUAUGAUCAAGCGCAAAAUUUGGUGCAACCUGUGCAUUGACUUGGUAGCAUUCACCAGUGAGAUAUUCAAAGGAGCCGUCUUCCAGUCCUUGGAUGGCAUUAUUGUUUCAGCUAACUGUAAGCUGCGAAAAAUCUUCACACUGAAGUCAAAGCCCCUGGAUACAGAUGAUGAAGAUGCUGAUGGGCCAACAGAUACGAUUCCUCGAGCCUGUCAGUUAAAUUCAGAUGUGCCGCAAGUCACCCAGCUGCUGAAUAUGAACAAGCUACGCCCAGCAGAACAAAAAUGUGGAGGUCGGCUCUUAACUUCACCGGAAUUAGCAGACCAUCUAUUAAACCGGGGGUUGACCACAACACGAAACAGUAAAAAUCAAGACGUAUCCCAUAUUGCAUUUGGAUCUAAGGUUCUUGGACCGCCUCCCCCUUCAGGCCGAAGGUUCAGCUCAAGAGCAUCUGGGGAGGUAACAAAAUCUGGCAGCAUCAGAACUAACAGAUCAUGCCAAAUGCCCGCUUUGGAAAAGGGAAGAGAACCAAUUCACGACAUCAUCAACUCUGAACGAUCUCCCUCACCACUUGAUAUGGCUUUAGAUCAAGGAAACAAAGAAAAUGUUGACAACACAAGUCCAAUAUCACUGGACAAGGAUGAGUGGAUAUUCCCUGAUAAAGAAACUUCUCAACUGGAUUCCACCAAUCUGUUGCUAAAGGAUAGUGAAACAUCUUACAGUUUUUUAAACUUGGCAUUGAGUGAUGUUCAAGCAUGUGAAAACAAGCAAGCAGCCGAAGACCGACGAGAGGAUGUUUUCACCUAUUCCUCAAAACCUAGAUCAGCACCUCACGGGAAGCCCUUGAACCUGUCAUCAGAAAACUGCAGCUUUUCUGUGGAUUUAAAAGAAGAGAUCAGUGGGGUUUGGCGAGGAGCUCAGAUGGAAGAUGACUUUUAUGGAAAUGAGAGCAAUGAAGAGGAUGAUAACGACAGUGAAUUUAUACAAGAGGCUCCGACCAGCCCCUCAUUAUUAGGGUCAUCUGAACUUGCAAUUAUCAAAGAGAUCCCACUCCAAAUGACAUGCAGAAGUCCAGAAAACAGCACAAACAAAGAAUAUGCAAGACACACCAGUGAGGAACUGUCGCCAACAGCAGAAGAUUCCAUUGUGAUGGCAGGAAAGGCAGAUAGCAUCCAAAGAAACUUGUUGCCGACUUCCUGCUUGUCCCCAACAGGAAGCAUGCCUGUGCCCAGGAAGGAAGCAUCUUUUGUAUCAAAGGGUACAUCAACCAGUCCAUUAAGAACUUCCAUCAGCAGAAAAUCCCUCAAAGAAAUCCCACAGGAGAAUUCACAUCUGAUAGUCCAAAUUCCUGAGUAUGACUGGCGAAACUACCAGCCGAGCAACAUGAGUGCUUCUGAACUGCAAAUGUUGGCUAGUAUGAAGAGGCAGCAGAAUGAAGAGCUGGAAGAUAACGGACCUUCACAUGGGUUGAGUGCAUCUCAGAUAGACAACUGUAAUAUCAGCAUCAGUGCAAGCAGUGAUGACACAACCACCUGGAACUCAUGUCUUCCAGCGCCUGUCAAUCAAGGGUGUCACUAUCAGAAAGAAAUGAACCCUCUUUCCCAUUCCAACCCACGGGAUUGGUUAAAUGCAUUCAGCCCUCCUAUAAUUCCUCCAAGCCAGCAGCUGGAAGAACAUCCUGAAGUGACAGCACACCUGAGCACUCAAGGUAAGACCAGUGUGUGUGGAAGAGGUGUGGAAGAAUUGGAGGGCAGCUGGGAGGGAUGCCCUGAGAGCCCAGUGCCGCUCACAGGGGCCCGUGUGUGCCUGUUGCAUCCUUCUUGGCCACCAGAGGGCAGUUAGGCGAAGAAGAAGAGUUUGGAUUUGAUAUCCCGCUUUAUCACUCCCCUUAAGGAGUCUCAAAGCGGCUAACAAUCUCCUUUCCCUUCCUCCUCCACAACAAACACUCUGUGAGGUGAGUGAGGCUGAGAGACUUCAGAGAAGUGUGACUAGCGCAAGGUCACCCAGCAGCUGCAGGUGGAGGAGCGGGGAGGCAAACCCAGUUCACCAGAUUAUGAGUCCACCGCUCUUAACCACUACACCAAGCUGGCUCUCAGGGGAGAUACAGCAGCUUGGGUGCACUGCAAGCCCAUCCCUGCACAGCUUUUGCGAGUGGUGCAUUGGGCUCUCAGGGCGCCUGGGCUUGCGCACCACCUUGGGCUCCGUACCCGUUGUGCCGCCCCCAAAGGUAAGUGCUGCCUGGGGCGAUCCGCUUCCUCCGCACACACACACCCAGCUACACCACUGCUCUCUCCUCACAUUCGCCAUGACACUGCUCUCAUGAUCACAAUGGGCUCCUUUGCUUUUCCUCCAAACACGGAAAAUUCAUGCGAUAUCUCAGUAUACCUCCGCUACAUCUUUUUGGCUACCCUCAAGAAUGAAGCCAUCUCAGUGAUUUAUUCUCUAAUAUAGACAGUGCUCCUCAAAUUGGGAAUCUUUUCAUGGAAGUGUAAAAUUGCUGUUGCUUUCGACAGCAGACUAGCUGACAAGGCAGGACCUUGCUGUGAGGGAUCUGGCAAUGCUUUAUGCUAAGGGCCCUAAACACGUCAAAGGGAAAGGAUGGUAAUCCUUGAGUUAAAGACACA